AUGACAGAGUGUGAUUACAUGAUCCGAAGUCACGGAUUGACCGAGGCCACAUUUGAAUUUCCUACACACAAGAAAGAAAAGCCGCUCUAUCCAAAUCGUGUGUGUUCGUUCUAUUUUCUCGGAUCAGUUCACGCACAAUACAUUGAAGCUGUUCGAAUUGGGUUCGAGGAGUUGCAGCUACCGAAGCCGAGUAUAUCAAAACAAAACUGUAAUCAUGGAUUUCUUGCCGUGUACGGAAGCCGUUCGUUCAACAGUGUGUACCAGUUAUCCGAACCAGGUGCGGGACCGACUUAUGCAUUUUCCGAAGGGACCGUUGCGGCCGACCAUGUAUGGUGUGACCGGGAAGAUCAAAUGCAACGCCUAAUGCUAUCAGCAGAUUCAAAGCAUUUUCCGAUUGUCGGUCGUUACUCGGUACUUGUAUUAAAACUAAACUCGACAGGAUCAACAUUGCCGGGAAUGUAUGCCAGCUUCCGUCUGCGUUACCGCUUUGAGCGUGAUUUUGGCAUUCCCGGAAUGGAUCUCAACACCGGAACAUGCCAGUUUUUGUAUAGCCCUUCCUUUUCACCAUUCCUACGUGACCUGAACAUUGCUCAACAUUCAUCUAAUCUAACUCAUCAUCAGGGAUGGACGAAUUCCCCAUUCUAUCGUAAUUCCUAUCCAUCCAACACCACCUGUAUUUACUUUUUCGUCCCGGACACAACUCAGCAGCCCAUGACAAGUAUGAUUCGACUAUCCUUUGGAAAAUUCGACAUGCAACAUUCCAUAGAGCCAACCGUUCAACCUACGUCAACAGUCCAAAAAGCACAAGUUUGUUCCCAGGACACUAUAGAAAUUGUUACGGUUAGAACAAAACUUGAAUUAUCCUUGAUGAAAAGAUUGGCUGAAAUUUCUUCGCGACCAUUCUUAUUGGGCAAUGGACAACAAACUUGGCUAGAUGAAUGGGAAGCUAUCGAAAAUGACUUGCAGAAUACUCUAACUACCCAUGACCUGCAACUUGAGCCUGUAGCUAUUGAGUGCGGUCCACGAAUUCCAGGCCCCGUAAUAACCGAAAGACCCACGGAUGCCUUUCUCCUAAGAUUUCGCUCCAGCAUGAACACUCAAACCAAGGGAUUUACACUACAUUAUGAGUUCAUCAGCGAUGCAGCGACUGCAGCGUCCUCCACUUUGUCGUACCACACAUGUGGAGCCAAUUUAUCCUCGUUGGAGCGCGGUGGUUUGAUUGAAAGUCCAAACUUUCCGAAACCCUACUUCGAUAAUUUGCAAUGUGCAUGGACACUCAAAGCUGAUGGUGAAAACAGCCAACUGCUGCUUUAUGCUGAAAAGUUCACUCUGGAUGGCACUGAAAUGGAUUGCUCACGCGCAGUGCUGCGAAUUUAUACGGCAGAUUCCAACCAGCCUGCCGUUGAAUUGUGUGGUAACCAGAGCAAGCCCACACAGCUUAUAAUUUCUAGGAACACAAUUGCUAUACGGUUUUUGAGUACGCAGAACACGCAAGGAGCAACAGGAUUUCGGCUAAUAUGGACGGAGCUGCUACCGAUCGAUGACGAUGGAGUUUGUCCCGGAUUCUUCUGUGAGCACACUCGUCAUUGCAUUUCCCAAGGCCUCACAUGUAACGGCCUGCACAAUUGUGGGUUAUACGAGGAGGAUGGUGAACUGAUUAUUGAUAAAUCGGAUGAAAUGGUGAACUGUUCUAAAGGACUGACCUACAACUUUCUGCACAUUGGAAUUGGAGUAUCCCUGACCUUUGCGUUGCUUUUUGGUCUCGUGGCAUUUAUAUAUUGCCGAGAAAGAAAGAGACAAAAGAAAAUGCCUUCGGAUCCGCUGGCCGAAUUGACUGGUUCAAAACACUCGCUAGCGUCCAGUCAUCUAGGAAUGAAACAUCACCAUCAUCAUCGUCAUUGUACCAAUCAGAUCAAAUCGGUAUCCGGACAUUCGCAUCUGGUACACCAUCACCGUACUUCCAGAACGAAUAUGGUUGCGGACGGUGACGUUGCUGGACUGCUUUCAGGUGUGUACGUCAAAAAACACCAAGAGAACAAUGAUCAUCGAUCCCACUAUGCACACUCACGAACUAACCUCCUUCAUGCACAUAGUUUCACAUCCAAGCAGCAUCUCACUUCUACUCAGGAUCUAUCAAAAAACCAGACUUACGGAUCAAGCAAAUUACAACGGAAAUAUCCUCGCAAUGCGCCCAUACAUGCCUCAACAUUGGGGCGUAUUAAUUCUAAUCAAACCGGUUCAGUUCAUAGUGGAGUGGUUGGGACUGGCUUUUUGAGCACAGCUGUUGGUGGGAGCCUUCCAUCUGACACCGACGGUGGACUUCUCAUACGCGAAAAAAUGCAAAAGAUCUCUAUCGUCUGAUACUUACUACACUGGAAACAAAAUUUGGACUAUUUGAACGAAACCCAGAGAUUUGGCAGCGUGUUAGACUUUACGAAAGUUUUGUUUUCUAUUCUUAAUUCAUUCCUUCCCUUGUAUAUUAACGUUCGCUUAGUUCAGCGUCCAUGUUCAUAAACUCA